AUGCCACCAGAUCCAAUGGCUAAAGCAGUUGUGGAAAUUCCCAAGCCAUUUGGAUCAAAGAAGGUUGAUGUGACUCUAAAUGCUUUUGCUGAAGAAAAAGCAAAGUUAAAAGAGAAAAUGGAAAGAAAGGGAGAUAAAAGAUUUGAAGAGGAAAAGAAAGUUUUUAUGGCAAAGGAGUAUUUAAAAUACAAAGCCAAACAAGCUAAAUGGAAAGCUAAAUAUGAAGGUCAAGGAGGGAGUGAUACCAGCAUCUCAUGCCGAUUGCAGAUUCUACUUGGUAAAGUCAGAGAAUUGGAGGAUUAUGCAAGAGAUUUAAGUAAAGAGAUGUCUAAUUUGCCGCCAGAAGCUGGAAAGAAGCAAGAGUUGAUUGCAGCAAAAGUUGGCCCAGCCAAAACCAUAGCAAAAUGGUCAAAGCAAUAUACUGAUGCAGCAUAUGAAAGGCUGGAAAAAAGGAGAAAAGCAGAUCCCAAUCUUCCAAAGAAGCCAAUAUACAAAGACAAGAAAGCUGAUGAUCCAAAACAGCAGAGAAAGAGGCAAAAACAGACUGAUGCAAAAGAGGCAAAACAAGAAGCUGUUUAUAUGAAAGAGGCUCUCAAAAGAAUGAUUGAAGAAAAUCAUCCUGACUCAGCAAAAUUACAAGAAGUAGCAAAAAGUCUUUUGAGCUGGCCUUCAUCUCCAAACUCUCAGCCAAUAAAGACUCUCCCAAGAAACCCACUGAAUUCAAAAAUACUAAAGUGGAAAUCUGAUAAACAGACCCAUAUUGAGAGUCAUGAUCUAGAGCUGCAGAAGCAAAGUAAGAUGACAGAGUCUUCACGUCAACAGAAUGUCGGCUUGUAUUACAAAAGUAGUGUACUUUCAGAGAAAGGCGUUGGUUCACCAAAAACAGCAUUCGUUGAAGAAGAUCGAAAUGAUAUUGUUCGCAAAACAGCUCAUGGGAAAGCUACGACAGCACCAAGAAAGUUUGCGAAUGUUGCUGAAAUUAAAGAAGAAAAAGAACCUGCUAAAAACCAUGAAGAAAAGAUUGAGAACAAAGAGAAAACUCGAGAAGAGAUCUUGAGUGAGAAAACACAUAAAGAAAGAGAUGUGGUUUACAGAAGAAUGGAUGAGAUGCAGGAAGAAUAUGAGAAUGCUGUCAGCAACAAACGAUGGGACAAGAAGAAAGAGUGUUAUUACAACAGAGAAGGAGAACCAGUUGCUGAAGAAGUCGAAACAGAAGCUGUAAAAGUUGAAGCUGUGAAAGAAGUUGAAGAACAGCAAAUUGAAGAAGAAGAAAUGAAGGAUGUCAAGUCAGAUGCUGGUGAUGUUGGCGAAGAAGUCAGUGUUGAACAAAAGCUGAAUGAUGCUGAGAUGAAGCAGCCAGAGGAAGCUGAAAACACCGAAGUGCCAAACACUGAGGUGUUUCUGAAGAAAACUGAAUAUCAACCAAAGGAGAAACGAAGCAGCCUGGCACCGGAGGCUGCUGAUCCCUGCAACGGUUAA